CUUGACCACAACGCGCACACAAACCAACAAACAGCAACAAGCAACAAGCAACCGUGCAGACAAGAGGGAUGAUGAACGAGCAUGGUGAUGUGAGGGAAGAGGCUCCACUGGAGCUCUUUCGCGUGAGCACAGACCUGAGUGACGAGGACAAGGCAACGUGCAAGGCUGUGUUGCAGGGUAUCCAGCGUGACCUGAAUUGCCUGUCCGAUGACAAUCGGCUCGUGCGCAAACGCGCCAUGCUGGCCAUCCAAGAAGCAACAGUGAAGAAGUCCAGUGACCUCAGCCCUCGCGUCCUUCACGCUGUCUUCAACGAGAUUCUGAAGCCGCUGCUGAAGAAGUACGAGGACUCCAUGGAAAAGUGCCGCGAGCUCGCCAUUGACACCGUCUCCAUGUUCUUGGCACUGGAGCCAGAGACAUCCAUCUACCUGCCGUACAUUAUUCCAGCAUAUGUUCUUCGUCUCGGGCAAAAGGAGAUCAAGGAGCCCGCGGAGGAGCUGCGGAAGAUGAUGAUGGAUCAGCUGGAGAAGGUCAUUUCUCUUGCCCAACGCGACCUCUCCAUCUACGUCGACGAGCUCACACAGGUCUUGGUGCAAACAAUUGUUGACCCGUUUCCGGAGGUCAAGCGAAUGGGCUGCAGAUGCACAGCCCUGCUUGCCAAGGCUGUGCCUGAUCGCUUUCAUAUGGUCUCGAAGCAGUACGCAAAGCCCCUCCUGGCAACCCUCAACCACCAGCACGCCAAGGUGCGGAACGUGUGCAUUCGGGCAAUCGGAUCCGUUGUCCAGUUUGGCUCCUCGGACAUGCUUGAAGAUUUUCGCACGUCGCUUGCCCAAAAGACCAUGGAUCACAACCCAAACGUUCGCAAGUCCCUCUACGUGAUUGCGGGGCGGUGGCUGCAACAGUACAAGGAGCGGUACAGCUACUGGCACAAGAUCAUCCCAAUUCUCCUCUCUGGUGAAACGGAUGAUGUGCAGGAGAUCCAGACACUUGCACGCGAUGAGUUCAGGAAGGCCGGCACGCUGUAUGAGCAAGAGAACGAGGAGACGCUGAAAGAGAAGCUUGAGUUUGGAUCCCACACGGGCGACAUUCCAUACGGUUGCAUCGACCUCGUCCAACAGAACUUCUCAAAGAUUUAUCCGGGUCUGUUGAAGGACCUUGUUGAUUGGUCCGCAGACACCCGCAGGCAAAGCGCCCGGCUGUUGUACACACUCCUGCAAUACGAAGGCUCGCACGUUACCAUGCAUCUCGCAAAGGUCCUUGAUGGACUGUGCCAGGGCGUGCUGGACGAAGAGGACGAUAUUGCCCAACUGUGCGGCCAGUGCUGUGAGCUAAUUGGGGGCGUUGUCUCCGUGGAGGCGUGGGCAACCAUCCUCAUCCCGCCGCUCACAGCAACAGAUACGCAGACGCGCGGCCGCUGCGCGGACCUGAUUGUGGUCGGGCUCUUCCUCAAGACGGCGCAGCUUGAUGACCUGAAGAGCUUCGCUGGCACCGUCGUCAGUGCACUCGCACACGACAACGUCUGCCAGAGCGAGGAUUUCGAGACGCAGGAGGAGCUGGUUCUCACCAUCAACACCCUCAUUCGCCGCCUUGGCGAGGAUUGCGCUGCAUACAGUCAAGAUCUCUUCAACGCUCUCAUCAACGUGAAAGCAGCGUCCCCACUUGGCAAGGACGUCGAUGUUGCACUCGCGUCCCUCGCAACUGCACAGCAGCUCCAGUCUGCGGAUGAGUUGUAUCGCCGGCACACGAAGCCGCUGUUGGAGGCGCUCUCGACAACAGCGGACAGCUGGACCAAGUACAGCCAACAGCGGCGGGUGUUCACGACGCUGCUCAGUGCGGCCGGCGCUGUUCUUGGCCAACUCCUCGACGUCUUCAUGCCCGUCUUCAUCACAAACUCGAAUCCAGACAAGGACGUGGAAGUGCGCGUGUCGUUCUUCACCCUGCUUGGUCGGCUGCUCGCCAGCGCUCCCGCAACUGUCAACUCCGCAAACGCAUUUGGUCGAUACGUCGUGCCCGUGGUGAACGACAUCAUCUGUCCAAACCUGGUGUGGCGCGCUGGCGAGAAGGCCGCGGCUCUGCGCACAGCUGCAAUGUCCUGUCUCUGGGCGAUGGUGCACGGCGAUCUCAUUGCCUUUGAACACCUCGAGCAGUGCAUGCCCACCCUCCAGCCCUUGCUGAUGUCGUGUUUGGAAGACGAAGAGAUGGAAACACGCCUUCUCACCUGCAAUAUUCUUGAGCGCGUCAUCAUCAUCAACAAGCCUGGAUACAAAUCCUCGUACGCUGGAUAUGAUUCGUUUCACAAGCUGUACCCGGAACUCCUCAAACGCAUGGACGACAGCAACAACGACAUCAGGCACCAAGUGUGCCGCGUGUGGAAGUCCUACUUUGACAUUAUGAAGCAGGCAUACGAUACGCAGCUCUAUCGCGCGCACAUUGAGAUGAUCUUCAGUGGUCUCAUCCUCCACCUCGACGACCCAGACCCGCGCAUUCAGAAAUCCGUGUUUUCGGCGCUGGUGGAGGCCGUUGAUGUACACCCGGAGCUCCUGAAGGAGAAACUCAAGGAGGCGCGAACGAAGCACCGGUCCCCGACGCUGUGCGACGAAUUGAUUGCCAAGUGCUGACCAAUGUUAGGAUCCAACGCAACCAAUAAACACACCAUCACACAGUGG